AUGUCGCGUCAUUAUGAUGGCGACCGAAAUAGGAAAUUUUGGUCAGGAUUGUGGCGCAAUUCUUCAGAUAAUGACAAUAAACUUGCCUCGAGAUUUUCUAGUAAACUUUAUGAUGAAAGUACCCCAAGGAAUGUAAGUACUCAUCUGACAAUACUUCGACAGAUUAUUGAAGCUCUUAUUUAUCUGAAACAUCUUGGAAUCGUGCAUACGAAGAUAAGUUCGCAUGCAAUAUAUCUGACCGAUAUGCAUCAUGCAAAACUUGCUAACUUCGAGCAUGCACUUACUUAUCCUGUCAACAGAGGACAAACUUCCGUUGAAAAAAUGACAGAGGAAGAGGUUCUUCAACUGGCGCCCUGGUUAGCACCUGAGGUCGUCGUGUUCAGCCAGUCACAGAAUAACUUCCAGAUAAACUCUAACUGCCGGGUUGACUCAGCUUACAUUAGUAGCUUUAGUGGAACCAACUCGUCAGAUUCCGCAGUUCACAAUACUUCUAUGCCUUCCCCAGCUUCAGAUGUCUAUGGAAUGGCUAGGGUAAUGCAAGAGCUGCUGGAACCCAGUAGAGCUUAUCGGUUCAAUCGGUCUGUUCACAUUGUGGAACAGAAGAAUAUUCCAACAGAUAGAAUCUCAGAGGAAGAAUCUUUGGUACUUAGAAUCCGACCUGUGAUAAAGAAAGCCCUUCGACGAAAUCCUUCCAUCCGAGGAGCCAUCGAAGACCUAUAUUCGGGUGUUGUACAAACAUACUGGACAUCUGAAGUUAAAGUACAAGGACAAAAAGAAAUUGGUCGCUGGUGUGAAGGUCUUUCAGGUAGAUCACAUUCAACUACAGCGACCAUGAGCACAAGUGCCUCAAUUAGUCCAUAUUCAAGUUCAAACAAUACAGCAGUUCAAGUUAAGGAUCAGAAUCUGGACAAUGACAACAAGGAAAAUCAACUAAAGGAGAUUUCGAGUUCACCUACCGCUGGAAACUUAACUCCACAACCGAAAUAUGCUAGCAUAUUCAGGCAGCGCAAUACGAAUGCCACGAGAGGCGCUUUAAAGGAGGUCCUUUUCGAUCGAAUACCAGAAACAUCAGGUAAGGACACCGAGGAGACACUGUCUGAGUGUCCGGAACCACUAACUUUCAGUAGUCCUAUUCAAGAACACCAACCACCUUUUAAACCUAAACGUUCAGUUAAACCUACGUCAAAGUGUUUAACCAAGGAGGAAUAUAUUGAAAUGGUGGCAAUUCCCCGUGAACCACUUGGUCCAGGAAGAUCCAGACCACAGAUUCCUUGGAGAUGUCUCACUGCUCCAGCUCCCUUAAAUUUAUCAUCUUCAAGUUCCUCUUUAACUCAAGAGUCUGUAACAUCACCAAUUGGGACCUCUAGAAAGGAGAUUCAACGGCUGAAUCAGCGCUCAAUGAUCGAUACAUCUGGAAGAUGGCUAAAGCACCAAACGUCGUUCACAUUAAGUGACGAAAUUGCAAAUGACCAAACCGAUCCACUCCCCUCUCCACCAAUUUUUACGAACUCGAAUUUUCGCACGUCAACUAUCGAGGAAAAGAAAAUUUCAGAACAAAAAGAAGUCAAACAUUUUCAAAUUAGCCAAGAAGCCAAACUCUCAAUUAACUCCCAAGAAGUUGGUCAAAUUAAGGAAAAAAUAGAGGCAAUCCACUUCCGUAUUGCAGGUAAUUUGAUAAAUUUUAACUGA